AUGUCUGGGAAGAAGCUCGUUGAAAUAGAGAGAACAGGCAAGAAAAUACAGGAGAGCGGGAAGAUAGUAUUGAGUCUGAUCAAGAAGCUGGGGUACACAAAAACAGGAGGAGAAAUAAAAAUAAUCGCAAAGACGUCAAUUCUUACAUUUCACGAUAGAAGCAAACUAGAGAAAGAGCUGAAAAAGGAAGUGAAAAAACUCAACAUACUGAGAGAGAUGCUGAAAAGCGGAGCCAAGGAAGAUAAAAUAAAAGAAGAGAUAGAGGUGUAUAAAAAAGGCGUUGAUGUGAUGAUAGAGGUAGAGGCAGUGGUGAGCAAGUAUCUGCAGGAGAAGGCAGAGGCGUUUUACAACCUCCCGGAGACUGAAAAGAUAGCAAAUGUGCUGAAGAACCUGGAGUUGGAAAUAAAAACAAAAAAAACAACACAGAUAACGGUGGAGUACAUGAAGUCUCUUCUGGCGCAGGCAGUGGAGAAAGGAGAGCCCCUGGACAGCCAUCUAAACUCGUACUACGAUGGAAAAACAUCGAUCCUUGACUUUGUAAACAAUUUGAUCAGCAAACCCGUGCUCAUCUCCACCCUGGAGGAAGCAUGGAAGGGAGAAACCGCAGGAGAGGCGCGGCGGAAAAAAAAAGAGAUAGAAGAGAAAAAAGAGGUCUUUGUGAUUCCAGAAGCCCAGGCCUCGCCGCAGAAAGAAAAGAAAAAAGAAAAAAGCGAAGCCAGAACCCUCUUUCACUCUUUAUCAAAACGAAUUGAAGAAAUAAAAACUCCAAUGAGUCUGCAACUUGUAAAUAGUAUGCGUAACUAUCUGAACUACAACGGAGUAUGCACAAUACAAAAUACAAAAGAAGAGUGUGCGGACAUUCCAGCACAUUUUCCGAGCAAAGCAAGCAUCUUAUUAAGCAGUCCUGAGUUCUACCAAAAGCUGGACAUGGACACUCUUUUCUUUAUCUUCUACUUCCAUCAGAACACGCCGUGCCAGUACUACGCUGCAAAGGAGCUAAAGAACUACUCCUGGAGGUUUCACACGAAGUACAUGGCGUGGUUCCAGAGGCUAGAGGAGCCAAACAUCAUCACGGAAGAGUACGAGCAGGGAACAUACAUUUUCUUUGACUAUGAGGUGUCGUGGAGCAGCAGAAAAAAAGAGAAUUUUAGAUUUGACUACAAAUACCUGGAAGAUAUCAGCUUAUAA